GUAAGACACUAGCCUCGAGCUGCCCGCCGCCGCGACGACGUGCCGCCUCGCAGCUGUUGCUCGAUUUCACGGGCACUUACGAUUGCCACAAUACGCCGCGUGGAUCCUGAGCUCCCGACCGGCGGCGGCACAGCGCUUUGGGCUGUAACCCCUCACAGGAGAUGGAGACAUCGAAAACCUGCGCGUAUUGCUCCAAGCCCGACGCCCUCAAGAUCUGCGGCCGCUGCCGGAACCAGCCCUACUGCAGCCUCGAAUGCCAGCGGAGCGACUGGAGAAGGCACAAGGCGUCGUGCGCGCCGCUCGCGCCACCCCCGCCGCGACGAACAAACAGGUUACAUAAGGACGCCUUCCGGCCCUUUGCGAAGAAGGCCCUCUCCAAAAAGAACAACGCCGGGUGUAGGGUCGGGCUGCGCAACGAGGGCAACACCUGCUACCUCACGUGUGUCCUACAAUGUUUAACGUAUAGUCCUUUAGCUGGCUACUUGCUGGAGCUCGAUGUAGACGGCUCCAACAACAUGAUGGCCGAGCUCCAGAGUCAUAUCCGCAAGGUCUGGAAGCGCAACGAACUGCUGUCGAGGACGGAGCCGUCGAGAAUCGGGUCCGAAGAAGAUAGUGAUGACAGCGCGGAAACGGUACAAGCCUGCAAGACCGAGGACAUCGACGUCGCCCGGUCGUUGCUGAAGCGUACCUUACACAAUGGGAGGAUGCAGGACGCCCACGAAGCGUUAGUGGACAUCCAGGCACAACUCUUAGAGUCUUGCGGUGCAAGUAAAUCAUUGACAGGCAAAGCACUCGCAGAAUGGGAGCGGUCGACCAUUGUGCAUGACGUCUUCGGUUCUGAUCUCGAGCAGGCCUGCGUCUGUUCCGCCUGCGGCUUCCGCAGUCCUUCAACACAUGUAGAAAUGAUGUUGAUGCUCAAUGCGACCUUAGGACUGCGGGACGAGGACUUCCUGCUGAGCGCCGAGAGUUCGAUGGAGAAGCCCUGGGAGUCGCGGUCGGCGACCAGAGAAGCUUUAAAAAGGGGAUCGGGGACCUCGCCGCGCGCGCCGCCGCCGCCGACUACUGUGGAGGAAUUAUUGAAGUUGUAUUUCUCGACCGAAACCAUCGACGACUACGCCUGCGACGAAUGUCAUGAAAGAUGCCGCUGCGACAAGGUGUCGGGCUUCCGGACGACGCCGAAUUGUCUGGCCACAUAUAUAGACAGACAGCCCCAAUACAACCAGCUCUUCGGCAAGCUGAACCGCGUCGUGACCUUCUCCGAGACCUUGGAUUUGAGGCCUUUCUGCGUGGAGCCGGGCUCCGACGAAAUUUACAGAUUAUAUGCGGUGGUCUGCCACCUCGACGUCGCGGGCUCGACGUUUUUUGGACAUUACGUCUGCUACGUGCGGGACGACCGCGAGCGGUGGUGGCUGUUAGAUGAUGAGAGCGUGCGGCCCGUGGGCUGGGACGCCGUGCGCCGCGUGAACCCGUACAUGCUCUUCUACGCGCGCGCGCGGCCCCACUUGGUUUUUCGCGCGGCGCCGGCGCGGCCGCGCGAGGGGGAGUAACCUAGAGGAGUAACCUU